AUGGAUACGCAGCAGCAGGGAGACCCCGAGCGUCUACAGGAGCUGUUCCGCACAUCGUACGCGCGCCUCCUAUCGCAGGGUCUGGAGCCUAACGACGCGGACGUGAAGAUGGAGGAUGCGUCAACCCAACAGCAGCAUCAGAAAGAUGAUAUUGAGAUGGAGGCACUCAAGGAGGCGGCUCCAUCCGCUUCAACUGCUUCCACGUCUGUUACUUCAAUGGGGACGCAGCUUGAGAAUUAUCUGAAGCUCGCAAUGGAGACGGACGACUAUCGAACGGUCAAGAGACUGGCGUAUCAGGCGCAAUGGUGGGGAAUCGAUCGAGACCAGAUGGGGCGAGUGUUUUCUCUUUUGGAUCGAGCGAUGGCUGGCAGCAACCGGGAAGCGAUGCAGAACACAUUCCGAAACGCACUGGAGAUGUUAGUGACGCAGCCGUGGAAUGUUUGCUCGACGUGGCAUGCCCCACGUGCUCUACGCUUCUUUUUGGUGCUAUUCGAGCAUCCAUCGAUGUUUGAUCCGGACUAUUUAAACGUUGUGGGUGGGCUGUGCAGACUCUUCUUUUAUUUAUCUGAGGACGCUAAAGCUCUCGUACGCGAGCAGUGGAUGAACUCUUAUUCAGCUGACGAGCUACAUCGCCUUCUGGACAUUCUCCAGCAGGCAAUCACCGUGUGUCUCUAUGGAUCUCGCAAAAUGGAUCUCGUAUAUGCAGCCUGUGGUGUCCUCGCUGAGCUCCAUGUCGUGAACCGAGAGCGUGUCAGUGGAAUGGAGCCAUUUGCCACUUAUGAGGAGUUCUAUAACGAUGCGGUGAAUUCCGAGGUGGACGUUGUGCAGGACUAUUCGCGCUCCAUUAUCUUCUGGAAGAAACGACGAGCAGCUACACGUGCUGCUCGCCGAGUAGCGUCCGAGGAGAUACUGCGUCGUCGACAGCUGAAUGGAGAUCAAAACGAGGCCGAACGUGAGCGAGAAUGGGUACAAGAAGAAGCACAGCAAGACGCUGAACGAAUGCCGGAGCGCCAGCUCUCAGAAAUGUCGUUUUGUGACUUCCCUUUUGUAUUGGACGCAGCGUCCAAGAGUAAAGUGCUGCAGAUCGACUCGGACCUUGAGCAGCGCUCACGUGCACAAGACGCUGUGUUGUCUCGCUCGAUUGUGCUGAUGGAAAGUUCUGCUUCGCCCUACUUGUUGCUAAAGGUGCGGCGUGAGCAUAUCGUGGAGGACGCGAUGCAGCAAUUGGUGCAUCUCUCGGCAUCAGCAGAGACUCUGAAGAAACCACUCAAGGUCAAGUUUGUUGGAGAGGAAGGCAUCGACGAAGGUGGAGUACAGAAGGAGUUUUUUCAAAUUCUCAUUCGACAGCUACUGGACCCAGCCUACGGAAUGUUUACGUAUGACGAGGAGACCCGCACACUGUGGUUUAACAGCGAUUCCCUGGAAGCGACGAUGGAGUUCGAGCUCAUUGGCACGCUGCUAGGGCUAGCGAUAUACAACGCUGUUAUCCUGGACGUGAGCUUUCCCCACAUUGUGUACAAGAAGCUUAGGGGCUGCUCACUAGGGUUGGAAGAUCUUGAGUUGGCACUACCUGAUCUUGGUCGUGGUCUGCGGCAGUUGUUGAAGUUCGAAGGCGACGUGGAAGGAGUGUACCAGCGCAAUUUUGAGUAUUCGUACGAAGUCUUUGGAGAGGUGAAGACGGUCGAUUUAAAGCCUGGAGGCAGCUCGAUUCCUGUGACCAAUGACAACCGCGAAGAAUAUGUAACACUCUACGUGGACUACGUAUUGAACAAGUCGGUCUCUCGACAGUAUUCAGCGUUUCACCAGGGUUUCCACCAGGUCUGCAACGAUGAGGUGCUGAAUAUGUUCCGAUGGGAAGAGUUGCAGUUGCUGAUCUGUGGCAGUAGCGACCUGGACUUCGAAGCGCUUGAGGAGGCUACACACUACGAGGACGGAUUUACAGAAAAUAGUGAGGUCAUCCGAGAUUUCUGGAUUAUUGUGCACGCACUUCCAUCGGAGGACAAGAAGAAGCUGCUGCGGUUUGCAACUGGCAGCGACCGUGUUCCAAUUCGCGGACUCUCGAAUCUCGUGUUUGUCAUCUCACGCAAUGGGUCCGACUCGGAGCGUCUCCCCGCAGCGCACACAUGUUUCAACCACCUGCUGCUGCCUGAGUACAGCAGUCGUGAGAAGCUCAAGGAGCGUCUUCUGUUGGCGAUCAACCAGGCCGAAGGCUUCGGGCUGCGCUAA